AUGUUGUUUACCAAUGGUGGCCAAGAGGGCCUCCAUGCCCUCUUACCGCGGUUGGCCUAUACGGAACAUGAUACAGGGGAACUCACUAUCGAUCCGCUCCCCAACGACCACCGUAAAGGCCUGAUAGCUGUCUUCGUCAUGGCCAUUCUCUCCACCGUUGCCACCUUGAUGUUGAUCUCGUUUGUUACCUACCGACUCGUCUUCUGGCGCGGCAACUACCAGCGAUAUAUCGGUUACAAUCAGUAUAUUAUUCUCAUCUACAACCUGGUCAUUGCGGAUAUUCAACAGUCUCUCGCUUUCUUGAUCUGUGCAAAGUGGUAUGCGGAAAACAAAGUAGAAGCUAGGACAGCUGCCUGCUUCCUCCAAGGGUUGUGGCUCCAGGUCGGAGACCCAGCAAGUGGAAUCUUCGUGCUCGCCAUCGCCUUCCAUACCUUCUACAUUGUGGCCUUGGGUAGAAAGCUGAGCUAUCGAACGUUCGUUAUCAUCGUGGUUGGCCUUUGGGUUUUUGUUGCAGUUCUUGUCAUCAUCCCGCUUGCAUCCCAUGGAGCUGAUGUCUUCGUACCCGCCGGGGCUUGGUGUUGGAUUAGCGAAGAUUAUGAAGGCAUACGUCUUUGGACACACUAUGUUUGGAUCUUCUUCGCCGAGUUUGGCACGAUUACCCUAUACGCUGUCCUAUGGUUUCAACUUCGUCGACGUAUCAAGCAGUCUGCUAUCUUGGGGAGCAGUCAUAUUGAGAGUCUGAAACGCCUUCGUCGAGUUGUCGGAUACAUGGUUAUAUACCCAGUCGCUUACAUUGUUUUGUCCCUCCCCCUGGCAGCAGGAAGAAUGGCAACCGCACGAGGCGAAACCCCAAGCAUCGUGUAUUUCUGCGUUUCCGGUGCGCUGAUUACAAGCUCUGGUCUUGUCGACGUCCUACUCUAUACGCUCACCCGCAAAAAUCUCAUCAUCGAAUCCGAGCCCAGUGCUGAUCGGAGCUAUAACAAGUUCCCCAGCAGCAAGAGUCGGGGGCAAAACCUCAAUAGCACCACGGAUCCGAAGCUUAUGCGGACGGAUAUCAGCGCUAUUCGUACAUACAACGGGCCAGACGAAGACGACCAGAGUCGUGACGGCUCAACGGAGGAUAUUAUCAAGGGCGGUGGUGUUGAGCUGGCCCCCAUGGGCAAGGUGUACCAGCACACCACGAUCGAAAUCACAUCUGAACCCGCGUAUCCUUCCAGCGGGGAUGCCAGCGGUCGGGGAAGUCAAGAAUCGCUGGAUCCGGCCGGCAAGAUGUCACCCACAGCGAGGAGAUGGGGAAGAUAA